AUGCCCCCUCGAAAGCGCAGGCGCCUUUCGGACGCCCAACCCCCCAUCUCACCUGUAGCGCCGUCCAAUGCAAGCCCCAGCGGCAUUGACACAUCGCCCUCCCAACCCUCCACCUCGUCUCUACCCACCGACGACGCCAUCCCGCCCUUCCUCAACACAACCUUCUCCACCCACCGCGUCUCACCCCUCUACGUUGGUUCCCAGCCUCUGGUCCAAGGUCGCCUUCACGUGCUAUCCCAACGGCUGCGCGAUCUUCUCGUGGGCGAUGUCGUCCGGGGCGUGGAGGUUGGCCUGGACCGUGCCGCUGAUGACGGAGCUAUGAGACGGGCUGGUGCCCUAGAGGUCGUGGCCAUGGGGUGGGUGAGGCUUGAGAAUCUGGUUGGGAGGUAUGUUGGCUCCGAGGGCGGAGGAACACCACCAGGCAGAAGGAGGGCCUUGCAGAUCUCCAUGCAGUAUGAGAAUACCGAGUGCGCUGCCCUGCUCCUCCCCACUCUCCAGGCGAGACCGGCUGCUGGGGUGGGUAGACCUGGCGAGGAGGACCACGACUUUUUGCAUCUUCCUCUUCUCCUUCUGCGUAUGCCCGGCCCGCUCAAGACCGUCAUCAUCGACUUUGUCAGCCGCACCUUUGACUGCCGUAUCAGCUCGUUGAGCCUGGGCACCCGCAGUCUCGUCGGCGCACUGGAGCGGUGGAUCAGUCACGCCGAGAAGUCUGCCACAGACCGGUCCACGAGAGACGUGUCGCUCACCUUGGGUUUCUAUGCGCCUGCCGUGGCGCAGCUUCACCAGGGGCAGCGAGACGAGGGUAAGGGGCAGGACCAGACAGAGGGCAACGAGGCCGAGGACGGCCCACCGCCCGCGACGCCUCUGGGGAUCAAAUCGAUAGACGUCAUUAUUCCCCACACCGACCUACGUCGCUUCCUCAGGGUGGGCAGGGCCUCCGAGGCCGAGCGAGCCGAAGCCGUGGGUCAGGCUGCUGGCAAGCAACACGCAUCGGGCAGUGUGGACGUCCUGGAUACGUUCGGGUCCGUCAGGCGCAAGAGGCUGGGCGGUGGAAAGGACGAGGAGAGCUGGGCCUGGCGGUCUUGGGACUCUGGGCUUGGGCAACCAUUUACCGAGGCUCUGGGUCGGUACGUGUGGAAGCAUCUCGCCCUAGACAUGUUCCAUCCUGCCGUUCGGGUAACCAAGAUUGCCUGUGAAGGAUUCGUGCUCUCUGAAAGCCGGGUCAAGAUCUUUGUUGAUGAUGCUCUGUCCGAUACGAAGCAGAGGGCAGUAUGGGCUGUAGUAGGUGGCUUGUUGGACAGGGCAGACAAUUAA